AAAAAAACAACCAACCCCUAAUCCCAUCGCAGAACUUUCCAUAUCUAGAUGUCGCCUCGCCUAAAAGACACACAAAGGCAACUGAAAGCCUAGAGAAAAGGCAGAGAAAGAUACAAAUUAGAUUCUUGAAGAAAAGAUAAGUCUUUGAGUUAUUGAAUGGUUACGGUUACACUGAGCAGCAUCCUUUCAUCUUCUGAAUCUCUUCUUUUCUGCACUUCAAAACAAAAAGUAGUUCCAUUCUCAGAGAAUACGAAGCAAAAUCAGGGUUUGAGAAUUAAAAAUGGGAAUGGAAGGAAUUUUGUUAGAAGAGGAAGAUGCAAAAGAUUGGGUUUAUAGAGGAGAAGGUGCUGUUAAUAUUGUUCUUGGUUACAUUGGAUCAUCUCCUACUUUUGUUGGGAAAGUGUUACGAAUACAAAAGGUUCCAAAGUUCAAAGAGAAGUAUACAGUUGGUACCUCAGACUUCUCUGUGCAUGAGAAGAUUCUAUGGAAAGAUUCAUUUGACCUUGACACAUGCAGAUCGAGGGAUGAUGCAGAGCGCUUAUAUGUGCAGAAUGUGAUGAUCCCCUUGUUAGGAUCCGAGCAUGUGGAUGCUGGGGUACGUGUCUCUGUGUCUCGUGGAUUCUUGGAAGCCAUAGAAAAGGACCAUCUCUGUGAACGUCCUUGUUGGAGAGUUGACGCUGCCAAGGUUAAUAUCCUUUGUGAUUCUGCACUUCUUAUCUCGGAUCAUAUCGUUUUUCCAGAUGGUAUUCGUAAAGAGGUCCCUUGCAUAUCGGUGGAAAUAAAGCCAAAAUGGGGUUGUCUUCCAUGUUCAAGAUUCUUAGCUGAAGGAAAUGCUCUCAAAAGGACCAUAUCUCGUUUCCGAAUGCACCAAGCUUUGAAGCUUCAUAGAGGAGAGACGUCAGGAGUAAGUGAAUAUGAUCCUCUUGAUCUGUUUUCUGGGUCUAUUGAAAGAAUAAGCAGGGCGUUGAAGUCACUCUUUACCACCCCGCAAAACAAUUUUCGUGUAUUCUUAAAUGGCAAUCUCAUUUUCGGGGGCUUGGGUGGUGGGACAGAUGAUACUACUGUUAAAAGCAACGAGGCAUUUGAAGAUAAGAUUGGAGAUGUAAUCCAAGCAGAGUAUGGCCAGAGGAAAACAGAAUUCUUAGAUCUCGUGUCUGAGGCAAUUUUCCAGUCAGGGGUGCUAAAUCAUCUUUUGGAAGCUCAGAAACGUGAUUUCCUCGACAUAGAAGGAGCAAUCCAUGCAUAUUACAAUGUUAUUUCACAGCCUUGCAGGGUGUGUCAAGAUCUAGGUGAUAAUGAACUCUCACAACGUUAUUCGUCGUUGCAUUCUCUUUCAUCAGAAGAAAGCAUAGAGAUUGUGAAGGGCUUUCUGAUAGCUGCAACUGCAAAAGAUUUAAGUAUGAUGAUCAGCUUCAGACCGAGGGAAGAAGGAGACCAAGUGUCCUCAUAUAACACCAUACUCUUAGAUUCAACUAACCAAUUAUUCGAAUAUAAGGCUUAUUUCAUUGACCUAGACAUGAAACCUUUGAAGAAGAUGGAAUAUUACUAUGAGUUGGAUCAGAAGAUAGUUAGAUGCUACAACAGAUUGGAGACGGCGGUACAUGGGUUUCCUGAUUCCCAGGAAUGAAGUAUUUUGGAGCUACCCAGUUACAUUAAAUCUAAUGAAGAUGCGUGAAGCUUUUAUUUCAUAGCUUUUGGUAGGUUGCUAGAACUGUAACAAUAGUGUACUUAACAGCUAUUUUGAAGGAUUAUGCAAAUGGUUAAGUUAGCUGGUUCGGUUCAUAUAAACCUCUUUACUAGGACGUUUUUCUUUUUGAGUGAAAUCCCAUGAGGAUUUAAAACUGAAUAAAGCAAGUGCUGUAGCUAGAUGAUUGCCUUUACUUAUAAAAUCUAGAUAAUCAUUCUUACA